AUGACAACAAACCCUCCAGAUUCGGACCUCCUCCUCCUCUCCCUCGUAUCUGGUGCGGCACUCUACCUUGUUGUUGGUCUCGUCACUCCUCGCGGCUCACCCGUACCGGUAUUGGUCGCCGUGUUUGUCUUUUCGAACAUGUUGUCUCGCACCACAUUCUUUCAAACCUUGGUUCGGAAAACGCGAUUGGCCAUCGACAAAAGAGAGUGGGCGUUGCCAUGGAUAGCUCUGGAGCCUAUUGGAGUGUUCACUGAGAAUUCAGCCUUUGCAGCUCUUCCAAAGCUGCUGCAAUUGGAGCUUCUUCAAGCUAUUUCGUCACUCGAAGACUAUGCCUCCAAUUCCCGGAAAACAAACGAUAGGAGACGAUCUUUGUUUCGCUUGAUGUCAUGGAGACAACAAAAGCUUUGUGAUGAGGCUGGUUAUUCUCGGAAGUUGAAGGAGAUCGAUGCCUCUAUAGGCAAGAACCAGGCCGUGUUCUCUGCGAUAGCUGAUGCUGCAAAGAAGAAUUACGGCAUAUCAUACAAAGACUCGAGUGCUAUGAUCAAGCAGAAAGCAACCAAGAGCACUUCAUCAUCCAACUACCGUGUUGUCGAGAGCAUGGGCCACUUUAUUCGAGAUUGGGCCGACUCAAAAGAGACUAGUCCAUUGGUAAACUACAUCUUCAAACACUUGGAUGAUAUUAUUCCUAAAGAUGAAGUUGAAAAAACAUGUAUUAUAGUUCCGGGAUCAGGUUUAGGUAGAGUAGCACACGAAAUCGCUAGCCACCAGAAAUAUGGAGCAGUUCAUGCUGUGGAAUUUAGUGGUUUGAUGCAUUGUUGCAACCAAUUUGUCUAUGAAGCGGCUUCUAAAAGUAAACAUGUCUUGGUUCCAUACGCGAACUCGACCUCCAAUUACUUGACAAGUGAUGCGCAAUUUAGAGAAGUUGAAUUCCCAGCAGCUACAACCAAACCAAGUAACCUUCACCUCCAUCUCGACGACUUCUGUGCUUUUCAAGUGCCUGAAGCUCAAAAAUAUGAGAAUGUGGUCAUUGUAUCUGUCUUCUUUAUUGAUACAGCUGAGAAUAUCCUCGACUACUUUGACCAAAUAAAUCAACUCAGCGCCCCUUCGAGAAAGUCUAAAACAAAGAAUGGCUAUUGGAUCAACGUCGGACCACUCAAGUAUGGCAGUGCUGCCAGAGCAGAGCUAAACGGAGAUGAAAUUGCUCACAUCAGAAAGAGCAUGGGUUGGAGAGACAUCGAUACGACCAACACGCUAGAAUCCCCGGAGGCGAUUAACAAGAAUGGACUUCUACCCUAUAUCACCGACGAGAAAAGCUUGUGGCAAGGCUUUUACGGAGUGACUAUGUGGUGCACUGCCCACAAGGAUAACUUACGAAAACGAAACUGA